UCAUAAUUUUGGAACACUUCCGAUCCUAUGUGCGUAUCAACCUUUAAUGUCGUUGUCGCCAUAACCUGUAAUUUUACCCGUUAAAAAGGCAAAAUACUGAUUAAAUCUGUAAUACUAUCUUUCUAAAGAUGAGUCGCUUUUUUGCUACUGGAUCAGAUUCUGAAUCUGAUAGUGCCUCUGAAGAGGAACAGGUUCAACGAGCACCAACUACAGCUUUCACCUUCAGCGAUGAGGAAGAAGAGACCAAGAGAGUUGUACGAUCGACGAAAGAAAAGAGAUAUGAAGAAAUUGCUAAUCUCAUCAAGCUUAUAAGAAAUUACAAAAAGAUCAAAGACAUGAGCAGCAUGUUGUCCAGUUUUGAGGAUUUGAUGCGUGCAUACCAAAAGGCAUUGCCCGUAAUAGCGAAAGAGGAAGGUGGUCAGACGCCACGUUUUUAUAUCAGAUGUUUAGUCGAAAUGGAAGACUUUAUUAACGAAGUGUGGGAAGAUCGCGAAGGUCGUAAAAACAUGUCAAAAAAUAAUUCGAAAUCGUUAACUUCAUUGCGUCAGAAGCUUCGUAAGUAUAACAAAGACUUCGAGGAAGAUAUAGCAAAAUUCAGAGAAAAUCCAGAUCAGGAUGAUGACGAGGAGGAAGAAAAACCCGAGGAAGUUGUCGAAUCUGAGGAAGAGGAGGAUAGUGCGGUCGCUUUUAAAAAAGCUGGAUCAGAAGCAAGUGAACCAGAUACUUCCAAAUUUAAGAAAAGCAUGGCUGAUGGAGAAGAAGGUAGUGAAAGCGAGUCUGACUGGGGCAGUUCUUCAGAUAGCGAGAGUACAAGUAGCGAGGAUGAAGGCCAAUAUCAAAAUAUACGUGAUCGAUUUAUCAAAAAAGUGACAGAUAAAGAGGAAGAAGAGGAUAAGGCAAAACGAAAAGAACAGCGGAAAGAGCGGAAAGAGAAGGAACGGAAAAAAAAGAAGGACGAGGAUGAUGAGGAAGGUGAAUGGGAAACGGUGAAAGGCGGAGUAGCCAUCCCAUCUGAAAAACCGAAAAUGUUCGCAAAGGAUGCAGAAAUUAACGUGGCCGCUGUCUUGAAGAAACUUUCCGAAAUCAUUGCGGCUCGCGGCAAAAAACGUACUGAUCGGAGGGAACAAAUUGAACUUUUACAUGAACUGCAAUCCAUAGCCGAUACCCAUAAUCUCGGGCCAGCAGUAGCUGUUAAGAUUAAAUUUUCCAUUGUAUCUUCCAUUUUCGAUUACAAUCCGAAAGUAUCUGAUGCAAUGAAACCCGAAUAUUGGUCAAAAAUAUUAGAACGUAUCACGGAAAUGCUUGAUAUGCUUUUAAACACAAAAGAUAUGGUUAUUGCAGAAGUAGUGUCCGAGGAUGCAGAAGAGUAUGAAACAUCUCCAUACAAAAUACACGGAUGUGUAUUGACAUUAGUAGAACGUUUGGAUGAAGAAUUCACUAAGUUAUUAAAAGAGUGCGAUCCACAUAGUAAUGAAUAUGUGGAAAGGUUGAAAGAUGAAAAACAAGUAUCCACAAUAAUAGAUAAAGUUCAAGAAUAUUUAGAGAGGCAAGGAUCUGUUUCUGAACUUUGCCGCGUGUACCUACGUAAAAUUGAACAUUUGUAUUAUAAGUUUGAUCCGAAUGUUCUCAAACAGAAAGAAGGAGAACUUGGACCAGACGUUGCAACAUCUGUGCAGGUUAUGGAGAAACUGUGUAAAUACGUUUAUGCUCAUGAUGGAACAGACAGGCUUAGAACACGUGCGAUUCUUUCUCAUGUUUAUCAUCACGCCCUUCACGAUAAUUGGUUCCAAGCGCGUGACCUCAUUCUAAUGUCUCACUUGCAAGAAACUAUUCAACAUUCCGAUCCAGCCACGCAAAUUUUGUAUAACAGAACCAUCGCUCAUCUGGGUCUGUGUGCAUUCCGUCACGCGAAUAUUAAAGACGCACACAACUGUUUAGUUGAUUUAAUGGUUACUGGUAAAGUAAAAGAGCUCUUGGCGCAAGGUCUUCUUCCUCAGAGGCAACAUGAACGCAGCAAAGAACAAGAAAAGAUAGAAAAACAGAGGCAGAUGCCGUUCCAUAUGCACAUUAACUUGGAGCUUUUGGAGUGUGUUUAUUUAGUUUCCGCCAUGCUCAUUGAAAUUCCGUACAUGGCUGCACAUGAAUUUGACGCGAGGAGAAGAAUGAUCUCCAAGACAUUUUAUCAACAGUUGAGAUCCAGCGAACGUCAGUCUUUGGUUGGACCUCCAGAAUCUAUGAGAGAGCACGUUGUCGCGGCGGCGAAAGCGAUGCGCAACGGAAAUUGGUUGGCAUGCAACAAUUUUAUCAUUAAUGAAAAGAUGAAUGCCAAAGUGUGGGAUCUCUUUUAUCAAGCGGACAAAGUUCGUGAUAUGCUUACAAGAUUGAUCAAAGAAGAAGCCUUAAGAACGUAUCUGUUCACAUAUUCCCAUGUCUAUGAUUCGAUCUCUAUGCCAAAAUUGGCGGAGAUGUUUCAACUAAAACGACCUGUUGUUCAUUCCAUCAUUAGUAAAAUGAUCAUUAACGAAGAACUCAUGGCGUCUUUGGAUGAUCCGACAGAAACAGUUGUGAUGCAUCGUAGCGAACCAAGUCGCUUGCAAUCGUUGGCGUUACAACUUACAGACAAAGUGAACAAUUUUGUGGACUCUAAUGAACGUAUCUUCGAAAUGAAACAAGGAAACUUCUUCUCGAGAGGAAAUCAAGGAAACUUCCGCGAUAGACAGAAUUACAAUCGACAGGGACAAGAUUGGGGACGUCAGAGACGCGACCGUGAUCGAGAUCGUAAUCGAGAGGAAAAUCGAAAUUAUUAAAUCAGAAAAUAUUGAAUAUUAUUUAUGUGGGUGUUUAACAGCGGAUUUCAUUAUUAUGCCAUGUAUAUACACUCAUGUGAAUAAUAUUAAAAAUUGCAGUAUAUAAAUAA